AUGCAGCUAUUGUACGUGAAUAAUGAAUGGGAAACGGCCAAAAGAAUUCUUGAGAUGGAAUUACCAGCGACCGAUGAGAAGGAUUUUCUUUACUGGAAUUAUCACCCUUCCGGUAACUAUUCUGUUAAAUCGGGUUAUGCUUUUUUAAUGCGUAGUUCUUCUUUGGAACAGGUUUUCGUCCAAGAUUACACUUUCUUUAAGCUCAUUUGGAGUUUAAAUAUCCCCUCAAAGUGGAGCUUAUUUUUAUGGAAGUUAGUUAUGAAUGGUUUGGCUGUCAAGUCCAACUUGAUACAGUGUGGGGUGGAUGUUGAAAAGGCCUGUGAUUCGUGUGGAAUGGUGGAUGAAGAUUUGCAACACCUUUUAAGGUUUUGCUCUUUUGUGAGGUAUGCUUGGAAUAAUUGUCCUUUGCACAUUUUCUCUAAAACUAAUGAAUCUAAUCCUUUGAGACACUGGAUUCAGCAACAUAUCCUGCUCUUUCAUAGCGAGGAUGGAAAACGAAGUGAACGACUACAUAUCUUUGUGGGAGUAUUGUGGAGUCUAUGGUUAACCAGAAAUGGACGAUUUUUUCAAAAUGAAAGGGGGUAUCAGGCAUACUAUUUUAGACAUUUUAGUCAAACUAUGAAUAGUCUUGAAUCUUUCCUCAAGCCAGAUAAACCUCCUACGGGGAUCUCUCGACACUAG